AUGGACAUGGAGCAAAAUCAUUUCAAAUUAUUUUUGAAGAAUCUGCCGCUGUUCUUCCUUUUUGUGGAACACGUUAAACCUGCAUUAUCAGACGGUUGGAUCCAUGCACAUGCAGAAGACAAACUCUUUAAAAAACUCUUCAUCGGUUACAAUAAGUGGUCCAGACCCGUGCAGAACAUCAGCGAUGUUGUUAUUGUCAAAUUUGGCCUCUCGAUCGCCCAGCUUAUUGAUGUGGACGAAAAGAAUCAAAUGAUGACAACAAAUGUUUGGCUGAAACAGGAAUGGAACGAUUAUAAACUGCGCUGGAAUCCAUCUGAAUUUGAUAAUGUGAUGUCUAUUAGAGUCCCGUCAGAGAUGAUUUGGGUGCCUGACAUUGUUUUAUACAAUAAUGCGGAUGGUGAGUUUGCGGUGACCCACAUGACCAAAGCCCAUCUGUUCCACACUGGAAAGGUGAGUUGGGUUCCUCCAGCCAUCUACAAGAGCUCCUGCAGCAUUGACGUCACCUUCUUCCCGUUCGACCAACAAAACUGCAAGAUGAAGUUUGGCUCCUGGACCUACGACAAGGCCAAGAUUGAUCUGGAGCAGAUCGAGAGCACCGUGGACCUGAAGGACUACUGGGAGAGCGGCGAAUGGUCCAUCAUCAAUGCCGUGGGAACCUACAACACAAAGAAAUACGACUGUUGUUAUGAGAUCUACCCGGACAUCACCUACUUCUUCAUCAUCCGCCGUCUGCCUCUGUUCUACACCAUCAACCUCAUCAUUCCCUGCUUGCUCAUUUCUUGUUUGACUGUGCUGGUGUUCUACCUGCCAUCAGACUGUGGAGAGAAGAUCACGUUGUGUAUUUCCGUCCUCCUUUCCCUCACCGUUUUCCUGUUGCUCAUUACCGAAAUCAUUCCCUCGACGUCUCUGGUCAUUCCACUGAUUGGAGAGUACCUGCUCUUCACCAUGAUCUUUGUCACCCUCUCUAUAGUCAUUACUGUUUUUGUGCUUAACGUGCACCAUCGUUCACCAAGCACCCAUAAAAUGCCCCGUUGGGUCCAUUCGGUGUUCCUGGACCUCAUUCCCCGCUGGCUCUUCAUGAGACGCCCGAAACCCGAUCAGAAACGCCACAAUAUGCCCAACCUCAGCACGUCCAAAAGCUGGCUUCAGCAGGAGACGGAUGUGGACGGGCUGAACUGUCAGGACAUGGAGUUCGGGUUAGGGACGGGAAUAUCCACGUCCAUCUCGUCCCCAUCCGCCACGUCUCUGCAUCUGUCCGACUCGGAGCCUUUGCUCCAGAAGUACGAGCUCCAGCAGUUAGGACACGUGGUGAACUUGUGUCAGUGUUCAGCAAAUCUUACAAAUCUGGUGUCAGACCCCAGUCUGACCUUCUCACCAUGUGUCCUACGAGCUCUGGACGGGGUGCGCUACAUCGCUGAUCACCUGCGUGCGGAGGACGAAGACUUCUCAGUCAAGGAGGACUGGAAAUACGUGGCAAUGGUGAUUGACCGUAUCUUUCUGUGGAUGUUCAUCAUCGUGUGCCUGCUGGGGACGGUCGGCCUCUUCUUACCUCCCUGGAUAUCAGGAAUGAUCUGA